AUGGAAUCAAUUGAAGAUGUUUUUGAAAAUUCAGAGUUACCUUUAAAUUCUGAAGUUCUCGCUCUUGCUGAUUUCGGUGAUCUAACAACAGAGCAACUUGAUUCUCCAUUUGAGGACGAUGAAGAUGAUUCUCCUAAGCAAUUUGCAUGCAGUUUGUGUGAAAAAUGUUUCAAUCUGCAAUCUAAUUUGAAGAAGCACGAAAGGAUCAUUCAUAGAACCAAGUCUCUCGAAUGUUUCAAGUGUAAAAAGACUUUUACAAGUAUCUGCAAUCUAAAGCGUCAUACUGAAUGGCAUGAUGAUGACGACCGAAGAAGGAAAAGACAGAGGCAAAAUUCAUCUUCACAGCCCGGUCCCUCCGGUUUUCAAAUUGGCGGUGCCACACCAAGCAGGCCUGUGUCAAGAUCUAGAUCAGCUUUUAACGCAUUUGAAACCAUUAAAAUAUAUCCCAGUGCUGCCGUUUUGAAGGACUUGGAACUCUUCUUACUCGAGUGUGAGUCAGAAACUAUAGAAAUCAUUGAAAGGAGAACACGAGAAGAACGAGGUAUCAAAUUUUAUUCGGAUGUUAAAGUUCGUUUCAUGAGAAAUAUAACAGAAACGGAGCUCGAGUUCUGUGAAUCCCAUUUCCGCUCCAAAUGUGUUACUUGCCUACUGAACGAACCUGCUGAGGAGAAAGUGAAGCAAGGAUUUGAAAAAAUCAAAACAUCAUGUGAAGAAUUCGAAGGUCAAGGUAGUGGUUGGGUUAUCGAUGAAAUAUUAUUUCUCGAAGUGAACACCUGUGUAUAUCGCCCAUUAGCCGCAUCGACUUAUAUCCCACUCCCACCUUUUAUAGCGAAGAAUAAGGCUGUCUUAAAUAUUAGAAAUUCAGACGACAAGUGCUUCCUCUGGUGUGUAUUGGCCGCUCUUCAUCCAACUGAAAAUAAUCCACAGCGAGUGACAAACUAUCUUCCAUUUGUGAAAGACAUUAAUAUCUCUGAUUUAUCCUUCCCAACUCCUUUAUCUCAAAUCAAACGAUUUGAAAAACUGAACAAUAUCUCGAUUAAUGUCUUCGGGUUUGAUAAAGAAGUUUUUCCUUUAAAAAUUACAACCGAAGCAAAAGAAAGGCAUAUUAAUUUGUUAAUGAUUUCCAGUGGAGAAAAGCGGCAUUAUACUCUUAUCAAAAAUAUGAGUCGUUUAUUGUCUGAUUUAACCAAUCAUAAUGGUGCCAGAUUUUAUUGUGACUUUUGCCUCCACCGAUUUGUUAGCGAAGAAGGACUCAUGAACCAUAAACUGGAUUGUAUGAAUCAGGGAAUUCAGAAAAUUAGAAUGCCCAGUGAGGAAGAAAAAUGGUUACAGUUUAAUAAUUAUCACUUUCAAUUAACAGUGCCUUAUACCAUCUAUGCCGAUUUCGAAUGUGUUUUAGAAACAAUUGAUACUUGUGACCAAAAUCUCCAAACUUCUUUUACACAGCCUAUAACCAAGCACGUACCUUGCGGUUAUGCCUACGUUGUUGUUGGACCCAAUGGUCAAAUGGUUGAACCUCCCACUGUGUAUCGCGGAGAAGAUGCAAUCGUGGAUUUCCUGAAAAAGAUGAUCAAAGAAGAAGAAUGGAUUUUUAAGAAAAUAAAAGAAGUGAAACCGAUGGUCUUUACUUCUGACGAUGAGAGACAUUUCCUUGAGGCAGUAAACUGUUGGAUUUGCGAGCAACCUCUGAAAGGAGAUAGUGUUCGAGAUCACGAUCAUCUUACGGGUGCUUAUAGGGGUGCUGCUCAUAAUAGCUGCAAUUUAAAAUUCAGAAUUGCUAAUCAUAUUCCUGUUCUGAUUCAUAAUUUACGAAAUUAUGACUCGCAUUUGUUGAUGCACGGAAUAGGAAAAUUUAAGGAGCAAAAAAUCUACUGCAUCCCCCAAAACAGUGAAAAAUAUAUUUCAUUUUCAUUUGGAUCCUUACGUUUCAUAGACUCUUUUCAAUUUUUAAAUACUUCAUUAGAAAAAUUGGUGCAAAAUUUAAAACCUGAUCAACUUCAUCUCUGCAAUAGUUAUUUCAAAGCAAAUUCUCAGUUGAUUACUAGAAAAGGUUGCUAUCCAUAUGAUUAUUUCAAUACCUUUUCAAAAUUUAGCGAAACUUGUUUGCCACCCAAAUCGGCAUUUUAUAACAGCCUUUCAAAUGAAGAUGUUUCGGACGAAGAUUACGAAUAUGCCAAAAAGAUCUGGAAUGUUUUCGAUAUGCAUACACUCGGAGAUUUUCACGACUUGUAUGUUAUAAGUGAUGUUCUUCUCCUCGCAGACGUAUUUGAAAACUUCCGGAAAAUUUGCUUGGACUAUUAUAAGAUCGACCCAUGUCAUCUUUAUACUGCGCCUGGGUUGGCAUGGCAGGCAUGUUUAAGAAUGUCAGGUGUGAAAUUGGAACUUCUUACUGACAUUGACAUGCAUUUAUUUAUUGAAAAGGGAAUUCGUGGUGGAGUUGCGAUGAUUAGCCAUCGUUUCGCCUCUGCCAAUAACUCACAUCUGUCGAAUUACGAUGCAAGCAGACCUGAUUCAUUCAUUAUGUAUUGGGACGCCAACAACUUGUACGGAUGGGCAAUGUCUCAGAAUCUUCCUACUCAUGAUUUUUCAUGGACUCAUGAAGACGUGGACUUUAUGAAUAUCCCCGAAAAUUCCAAUGUUGGCUAUAUCUUCGAAGUAGAUUUGGAAUAUCCUCAUGAACUUCAUCAUGCUCACAAUUGCUACCCCCUGGCUCCUGAGAAAAUUGCAGAAUUAGGAUUAAAAGUAACAAAAGUUUACAGAAUUUUAAAAUUUAAACAGAGCCCAUGGUUAAAAAACUAUAUUGAUUUCAACACUGAACACCGCAAAAAGGCAACUAAUAAUUUUGAAAAAGAUCUUUUUAAACUUUUAAACAAUGCUGUUUUUGGAAAAACGAUGGAAAAUCUUCGUAACAGAGUGACUAUUGAUUUAGUGACUGAUGAAAGAAAAAGCAGAAAAUUGAUUGCUUCCCCUGCAUUUCAUGCCUUUACAAUUAUAAAUGAUGAUCUUGUUUCUGUACAAAGGAAAAAAACUUCGCUGCUUUUAAACAGACCUAUAUAUGUCGGUUUUUCUAUUCUCGAUAUAUCUAAAAUAAUAAUGUAUGAUUUUCACUAUAAUUUUAUUAAGAAAUUGUACGGAGAAAGAGCAAAAUUGCUCUUCACUGACACCGAUUCCUUAUGUUAUUGCAUUCACAUAUUAGAUAUAUAUAAAGAUAUUUAUGAAAAUAUCAGUCUAUUUGAUACAUCUAACUAUCCCCCAAAUCAUUUUCUGUAUAAUCCCAUAAAUAAUAAAGUUCUCGGGAAAAUGAAAGACGAAUUAAGUGGCAAUAUUAGAACUCGCCAUGCUUUUAAAACUAUCUCGAGUUCUCGUCAUGUAUUGAAUACUAUUCAAUGUAAUAAAAUUUCCCUUUGUCCUUUUGACGACAAACGUUAUGUUCUUGAAGAUGGUAUUUCUACUUUAGCCAUAGGUCACUAUCUUAAACCUGACAGAGAGGAACGUUUACGUGUUCGCACAGGAAUAUUCCCCGAAGACAAAAACAUUGUCUAUAUCCCCAAAUAG